AUGGAAUCCUCUCCGCUAACCCAGCAAUCCAGACCAGACACCUUCCAGCCCAAGAUCGUCAAGCUUUACGAGACCCUAUUCCUUAACGCUGAGGAUGCAGACCCGUCGGAAGGAUUCUGGAGAGAAUUCUUUCUUCUCCCACCGCAGAGGGUUCGAUUGAGUCAGAUACUGGACGUUAUCAAUCCUGAUGACAUCUUGCAAAUUCAUCUGUUCUCCAGGGCCAUAAAAGAGGCUGCUGCUGGGGAAUCCCCAUCAAAUAUUUAUGCGCUAGAGACCUUGACAACUUUCUUAGGUGGCGUCUUAACUAAGAAGUACACCAACCCGAGUUCUGAUAUCAUCACCGUCCUCGCUGGCAUUGACGAAGUCGACCAUGUUAUCGCAAACUUUGUCGCGGCCCUGGACGGGAUCAUACGAAACGGAACCAGCUUUGAAAUACGUCUCAAAGCUGUUGAGGCUGCAAUAUCAAUGACUAGCGGAGGCUACAAAACAAGCCUUAUAUCUUAUUUCAUGCAUCGGGAUAUUUUCCCUGCCCUGAUGAAGUUUAUCCAUGAUUCAAACAUCCGCACUCAAAUAUUUGAGCCGUUUGUACUCCUGGGGCUUCUAUCAAACUACAACAAAUUCGAAUUCCAGAACCCUUACCAGCUACGACUUGAUGACUUUGUAAACGAAUCUACGAUUCAGAAAAUUGUCGGUGGAACUGGCGUAACAUGCACUGCAUUGCGCAACGGAUACGUUGCCGUUCAGGAUGAUCUUCCUGAGGGUUGGAAUUUGAGCUCAACUUUAGCCUUCUUUGGCCUUGGGGCGUUAGCUCCUGGUCGCAGAGCUAAGACACCAUUGACUCCAGAAGAGGCUAAAGCACGAUUUGGAGCUCUUCCCUCUCCCGAAGCGACCAUAUUACUUGCCAUUUACGAUUUCGUCAACGCGAAUAAGCUGUUUGGCUUCAGUUUUGUCUCAUACAUGCCAGAGAAGCGCUCUGAGGAAUCCCCCUUUGCAAGUUUCCUCUCAUUCACAUCAUAUUUACUCCAACAUGCAUAUCGAUCUACCAGGGUCACACUCUAUGCAGAGACCAAUCUGUUCUCACUUCGCAUACUCGUGGAAGAGCCCCUUCUAUGUAAACAGAUCUGUAGCGAGGAGAUGAAGCGCCCUGUACGACUUUGUCGCCAGCGAGCACCGUAUCUCCCUUUGAUACAGGAAGACAGAAUCCUUGCGACUGUUGUCUUCGAUAUCAUGAUUGAUACUAUCAACCACAACCUCCGCAGGGAACUUGACGUCGACUUGUAUUGUCAUACAAUCUCCAUCCUCCUCCGCCUCCUCACCUACGUCUCCUCAACCCAAACACGCCUCGCAUAUCACUGGUCCGAGCUCUGGCGGACCCUGCUCACUCUCACCCGUUUCCUAACAACCUACUCCACGAGCCUCACCUCAAAUCCUCAAAUUCACAGCCUCGCUACCUCCCUCAUCGACCUAAUCGCCUUCUGCGUAUCCGCUGGCGACACGUUCCUCCCAGACCCAGCGUCGUACGAUGAUCUAUUUUACAAAGUCGUCGAGACAGGACCCAUACUCACCCGCUUUAGGGAUAUUUACGAACGCUCCUUCUCCUCCUCACCAACAAUACCGUCAACGUCCAACAAACCCGCAAACGCACAAAUCAUAACCGCUGCCCCAGCCACGGCUGCAACUGACUCUGCCACGCACUCCAUAGACACCCUCAUCAGUGUCGCCUCACAUUUCCAUUCCCUCCUCUUCCUCGCCGAUAAAUCCAAGAAUACAACAUCAACAGCAGCUUCCACCACCCCAACGCCAGCCGCCGAAAUCCUAGCCAUUGGCAGGAAGAAAAAUCUCAGCCCGCGCGAAGUUCACCAGAUCAUCAAGCAAGGGUACGAGACUCUGAGCAUCCGGUCUCAGGAAGAGCUUAACCUUUGGGCGAAGUGGAGGGAGGCGGAUUGGAAGGUGAAGUUAAAGCGGAUCGCGCGCUGCGCAGUCGAUGAUGCUAGGGCGGUGAUUGUAUCGAAGGCAGAGCAGGUGCCGGUUCUUGUCGAUACGAGCGGAGGAGGGGGAGGGGGAGGGGGAGGAGGUGGUGGUGGUGGCGAUAAGUUAGUGAAGGAGUAA